AUGAAUUUAAAAAUUUUUUUUCUAACUUUAUUUAUUACUUUGACACUUGUUAUUUCUAUUCCAUUAAAAAAAAGAGAAAAUUUAGAAAAUCAAAAUUUUAGUAAUACAACAACAUUAGUAAUAGAAAAUGAUAUUAUUUCAACAACUUUACAAUCAACUACCAUACCUGAAGUUGAUACAUUUUUAUUAGAUAAUGUUACUUUUCCAACAUUAUCAUCAACAUCACCUACACAAAGUACAUCUGUAUCAACAGAUAGUGGUAUCAUAUCAUCACAAUCAAUUAUUUCUAAAGAGAAUAUAAAUGUAGUAGGAUUAUCACCGAUAAUGCAUAAUGUUAAUGAUAACAAUCCAAAUCAAAAUCUUUCUCAAUAUUUUUUAAAUACUUCUAAUGGAAUAUUUAAUGUUAAUGAAAGUAUAUUUUCAAGUUCUUCAUGUUAUUAUGAGGGAACAUCAAUAUUUGAAAAUGGUAUUAAACGUGAGAUGACUGAAGAUGAAAUGAAUCUUAUGGCUGAUUUUAUAACUAAAUCAGUUGAAUUUAAUUUAUAUUGGAAAUAUGAUGAAGAUAGUCAUGAUUGGGUAAAAAUUAAUGAAACUGUUACAAGUGAAAAAGAUAGUUGGCCAGAAAUCCCUUGUUUCUGUAAAUAUUGUUCAACAAAGAAUGAAUAA